AGCGCGGGAAGCUGUACUCGCGCGCACGAGGAUCUCACUGACAUCCUUCCAUCUCUGACUGAAAAUACCAAAGGACCCCUGCCUUCGAAAUCUCGUUUUCAAGACUUGCAUGUUAUAUUUAGUAAAGUUUAAGUGCGUCAUUCGCCUCUGAACAAAUGUUUAUAUUGAUUUUCUAUAGAAAUAACAAUCGUUUAUUAUCUGAGGAGAACUGCCGGUGUCCUGACGCACGAACGGACGCGCGCGAGCUUAUCAGGAGGCGUCAAGCGCGAGCGCCGUUAUUCUUAGUUGGAUAUCGCACUUGAACGCACACUUUUUCGGUAAUAUUACGGUGAUCCGUGUGAACAUAUGAAGCUGACAUAUUCCAGGAAUGGCUCUCCAAAAGGUGACCAACAACUACAGAUUUCGCAUUAAACUGCAGACUCUAUCUUCAUAAGCCUACAAUACAUACUACAGAACACCAAAAUGGGCACAGAAUGGACAUUUAUGUCCAAUCCCAACAUGUCCCUUCCUGAUCGCCUGUUCAAUAACAGUUUCUUCCCCGGGAACGAGUCUGAUUUUGGUCUGGAGAUUUCCAAUAGCACCGACCCUGGCUUCAACCCAACCAGCUCAGCAGUCAUCACAUUCGUGUACUUCGUGGUCUGCGCGGUGGGGCUCUGUGGGAACGCCCUGGUCAUUUACGUCAUCCUGCGCUACGCCAAGAUGAAGACCGUCACGAACAUCUACAUCCUGAACCUGGCCGUGGCAGAUGUCCUGUGCAUGCUGAGCUUGCCUUUCAUCGCCAUUCAGCUCUUGCUGCUCCACUGGCCCUUCGGAUCGGCGAUAUGCCGCAUCGUCCUAACAUUGGACUCCAUGAACCAGUUCACCAGCAUCUUCUUCCUGACGGUCAUGAGCUUCGAUCGAUACCUGGCCGUGGUGCAUCCCAUCAAAUCCACCAAGUGGCGAAAGCCGCGCAUGGCCAAAAGCAUCAGCCUGGCCAUGUGGGUCAUCUCUCUGCUGGUCAACCUGCCCAUUAUGAUCUACAGCGGAGUGAACGUUAAAAAGAACGAGGCGAGGACGUGUACCAUGUUGUGGCCAGAGCCACAGAACACCUUCUACACCGUUUUCAUCUUCUACACCUUCUUCUUGGGGUUUUUCUUACCGCUGAUCGUCAUCUGCAUGUGCUACCUGCUCAUCGUCAUAAAGGUGAAAUCCUCCGGCAUGCGAGUCUGCUCCAGCAAACGAAAGCGCUCGGAGCGGAAAGUCACCCGUAUGGUGUCUAUCGUAGUAGUGGUGUUCGUCUUAUGCUGGCUACCUUUCUACGUGUUCAACGUGACGUCUGUGACCGGAACGGUUCCCACCACACCUGUGCUGAAGAGCACCUUUGACUUCGUGGUGGUGCUGGGAUACGCCAACAGCUGCGCCAACCCCAUCCUCUACGCCUUCUUGUCGGACAACUUCAAGAAGAGCUUCCAAAACGUCCUGUGUCUUAAGAGAGUCGGGGGCUUGGACGAGAUCGAGCGCAGCGACAGUCGACAGGACAGGACUCGGAUGGUCAACGACGUCAUGUCUGAGACGCACAACGCCGCGCUGCUCAACGGAGACCUUCAGACCAGCAUCUGACGAGGAGAUACACGUCUACCGAGAUUAGAUGUUACAUGAAAGAGGUCCACUGAAAGUCUCCGAUCACAUGCGGUGGGAGAGAUUUAGUAUUUAAGAACAACAAUAAAUACCUAAACCACAUUUGGGUGAGCUCGAUCUGAUGUGACUCGACUGAUGUAUUUAAGUGAUGAGCAAUUGAAUGUCAUUUACUGUAAAUAACUCUAGUUGCUUUGUUUGGUGUUACUGUCUGAAGAAACUCUAAACUUGUUGUGUUUAUUAUGAGUGUUUGUUCAGUGUCUUUAACUUUCCCUCAUUGGAUAAACAUGAUUUCAAUCUGUUCGUGCAAACACAAGGCCAAGCUUGUUCAUUGCUUCUUAUUAUUCAAGGCUUUUUGUGACGGCGAAUACAAGACGAGUGAGCGAUGCUCGACAAGGCUGCAUAGAAAAGGUCUCCGAAAUCUAAACAAAGAUGUACAUUUCUUUGGCAUAUUUAUUAGUUGUGAUGCUUAGAAUAUCUUGUUUACAUUUAAAAAUGUUCCCUUGUAAAAUUCUGCCUCUGGUUCCCAUAGAGUUUUAUUUUGGUAGAGGAAAUGUACUUAACGUUCAGUGGAGCGCUGGGGGACAGAUGGGCUCGGUUACAACUCUUAGUAUCCUUCCCAUCUUAACAACAUUUUCAGACUGCUCCAUAAAAGUGGAUACCUACAUCUUGGCCAGUAUUUAUACAGUACCUUUCACGAAAAAAGGGAGUCCUAAAAUGCAGAGUGAAAAAAAAAUAAAGUGGAAAAAAAGACAACUUUAUCCCUAUUUUCUGUGUUAUGUGUUUUUAUGCUUAUUAGAGGAUUGUUGUGCCAUCUCACGAACCAAUUCGUACGAAUUCAUAUGAAUCGUGGAACUGUCACGGUUUAGCAUAUGUACUAACUAUUUUAAGAUUAGACUGGAAUUUUAUAAGAAUCAGGAGUUAAAUGCACACUUGAUCUUUAGUUUAGAGCUUAAUUGUUUUGUGACCUGGAGAAAGGUUUCAUUGUAUUAUGUUGUGACUGUGCUAAUGAAGUAUGAAGUAACCAUAUGGCCAUUGGCUUUACUAAAUUAACAUUCAUCAGCUGGCAAAUAAGAUGCAGAGAAAAGUGCAUGCAAGUGCCUUAAAUAAUCACUCAAAAAGACACACAGAAUGAUCUAGAGCUUUAACAAUAACCCUCCACCUGAAUCAACUCAUUUAUUAUUACAUGCUUGUAAAUACACCGCUGAUCCGCACAGAGCUGUAUAAUGUGUAUGUAUAAUGUAUUCAGCUCUUGCCCGUUUAGGGGGUUUAGAUCAUUUUAACAUUUGCGAAGGGCUAAAACUGAACUUGUUUAUUUAGGAGUGUGAUUUCUAAGGGCCAGAAUGGGAUCUGUUAUGCUGCAAGUGUUGAAAAGUGAAUGAGUUCAUGUUUAAAUAAGUGCAAACAGUUUUUAUCUAGCGUGGAAACAAACAUAUUGUGAAACCUGGGGAAGUAUUGAUGACAGCGAAGUGGUUAUGACAGUAUUCAUCAAGUUCUCUGAGUUCAGUUCAAUGUGCCUUUGAGCGACAGACAGAGUAGUGUGUGUGUGUGUGUGUGUGUGUGUGUGUGUGUGUGUGUGUGUGUGUGUGUGUGUGUGUGUGUGUGUGUGUGUGUGUCCUGCUCGAGUGUUGUGUCUUAUGUAAGGUUAGGUGGCCUUGAGAGUACUAUAUAGCAUUACUUUUAUGUUAAUAACAAGUUUCAAAGAUGUCCAUCAUUCAUCAUACCAAAUGUCUGUGUUACUAAAAGAAUAGUUCACUCAAAAAUGAAUAUUUCCUAGAUGUGGAUGAGAUUGUUUUUUCAGCAC